AUGUUACCUCCUUGCGACCCGGCAAUACUUGAGAAUAAUCCUCAAUUUAAGAGACUAUACCAGAACUUGACAACAAAUUUGCUCAACCCUGAUGCUUCGACACGCGCCAACCAUGCGCAACCUGCCAGAAAGGCUGUAUUGGAAUACCGCGACACGAUUGCAAUUAUCAGCUUGUAUUUGGACUCGUCAUCCAAUCAGCUCGACCUAGAUGGUGCCGAUGUCGAUGGAGCCGAUGUGCUAUCUCUCUUGACCCCAGACAUUGACAAGUUUUACUCCGAUCUUCCUGCGUUGAUUAAGCCCUUCUCGAAUGCUAUUUCGUCUUCUCUGGGCGCCCUUCGAUUAAUCGCUAAUGCGGGCGACGCUUCGAAUCCUUCGUCUGCGGAGUCAUCCCGACCCCGAACUAGGGCUCAUCAGUCAAUGAUGAGAGCACCCGCUUCUCUCUCCCCACAGCUUGAAGAUCGACUGCGUAAAUUACGCCAGAAACAGCUAUCUGAACUCCCGGCAGCCCGCACACGGAUGGCAGCGACAGCGGGGGAAGUCCUGGCGACACGGGCUGCGGUACUGGAGCGUACGGUGGUUUUACUGGAACGCGCCAAACACGGGGCACUCGCCCGAGCCACCAAGGCAAAGGCGGAGCAUUUAGCUACCGUAGCACGGGGAGUGGAGGGGAAGCUGAGGAUGACGAAACUGGAUAUUUGUGCCACGAUACACACGCCCGAGACUAUUGCUGCCCUCAGCCGAUACCGUCAACAUCUCCAAGACACCAGAGAGCGGCUGGUAGAGAGAAAGGCGUCGGCUCUGGAGGAACUAAACGCAUAUGAGGUGGACGACUCGGGGGUGAACGAUAGAGCUGUCACCAGAGGACGGUCAGCAACAGGACCUAUCAGGGAAAUAACCCGACAAUACGGGGACUUAAUACGAGAAAUUGAAGAUGUGAGGUCAGAGAUUGAAAGAUUAUGA